AUGGCACACAGGUCAGCGCUGUUCGAAGCUUUCGAAACAGACAGUGCAUUCCGCUUGUGGCAUACAGAGAACAACGUUUGCCAAUGCUUAUCCUGCCAGGGUGAAGGAUACAGUUGGUCAGGGUCGCUGACCUUUUUGACUAAUGGCGAGACCAACAACGAAGAACAGCUUUGGGUCAUCACAUCCUUCACCGAGGACGGGAAUGCCUUCAAGAUUGCCAACGUGAAGCACGGACUAUUCUUAUGCGCCCAUAGGCGGCUCGCUGGCCCAAUCUUCUUUUGUCAUCGAGAGAACGGCGAGUCGGAUCAGGCAUGGCUCUGCCUUCCUACUCGCCAGGACCGUUUCGACCUCAACAAUGUAAGUGUCGGCAAAGUAGCCAGUGGCUCUUGGCAUGUGGAGCAUGUCCGGACUUUUGCAGGCUUCAGCCGAAGGCCAGCACCAACAACUCCGGCUGCGGGUUCCGACACCAUGGGCAUUGCUGCUGCAGCCGGGGCAGCGGGAGCAGUGCUGGGGGCUGCAGCCAUGGUAGUGGGCGCUUCGCUCCUGGCCAGCAAUGACGAUGAGCAUCGGACACGUAAUGGCAACGACAGACGCCGUGAUGAUCAGCGCCGACGUGAGCAAGAUGACAACGCCGCCCUCGCAGCUGCGGCUGCUGGGGCAGCGCUUGGAGCCGUUGCAGGACUUUCCAAUGCAGUUUCGUACUUCAGCGGAGCUGCUCCAAGGAGCUCUGCCUCUACGCCGGCAGCCUCAAACACAGGGACAGCGCCGCAGCCUACUCCGGCAAGCUCGGGCACGGGGACAGCGCCGCAUUCUACUCCGGCAAGUGCGAGCACAGGGACCGCAACGCAGUCACCGGGUCGAGUAGUUGAAGAGCGGUACUCAGCUGCGGCGCGUGCAUCACAGACCCCUUCUGAUGGAGGCAAUCUCGGAUACGUGGCUGGUCAGACGGGCACGGCAUCAGCCACACGCUGCAAUGACGAUGCAGAAGGAUGGGAGACCGACAGCACGGCGUGGACGCGGGUUUCCAGCUACGACGAGUCUUCUUCACCGGCAGCUUCGUCGAAGGAAGUCCAAGACAACAUCGAUCAGAAAGGCAUUGAGCAAGCAGUGAAUGCCAUCUCAUCUUCCGCCGAGCCUACGCCUCUGAAGCGGGCGCGCUUGCGAUGUCUCUCAUCGCUCCUUAUCAGUCUUUUGGAAAGCCCGAGUGAUGCCAGCCGGCUCAGAAAGUAUGACCUACUGGUGCAAUCAAAGUUGGACGCCGCUUGCUUCUACACCCUGGAACUGGCCGGAUUCUGCGACCGCGGGGAUGAGUUGGUGUACCAAACGGAAAGUGACGAGAAGCCUGUGCUUGUUGUGCUGGCCAUGCUGGAGUCUGCACUCGACGCUUUGCCCCCAGAGGACGAGGAAGUCACGGACUGGAAAGAAGUCGCAGGCCCGAAUCUUCCUGCUGUCGCCGAAGCAUACAAGCAGCUUACCUCUGGACCGGAUGCAGCGAAGCGGAAGGAGGACCUGUCAAGCAUCUGGGCCAUUGUGGACAGUGUGACGUGGCAUCGCGUGAGGUGGAAAUACAAGCCACUAGACCGGUCGUCGCAGCAGAGUUUGGAAGGUACGCGUGAGAAUCUGCAGUUGCUGCAAUGCGCGGGCUUCGUGCGUGAUGAAGACGGCACGAUGACUUUCACCGGAGCGAGCUCCGAUCAGUUGCGCCAAGUGCAGGAUGUGAUCCUCGAUUUGAUCAAGACUGCUGGCGAAGAGAGCAUCGUAGGAAGCUCGGCAGGUAGCGUUCCACCUCAGACCGCGAGCACGACUACCACAACACAACGACGUCUAUUCAAUGUCCCAGAAAGGCGUUUGCUUUUGCACACCAUCCGCUUCACCCAAAACAGUGUUGCCUCGCACUUUCGUGAUGGCCGGCCUCUACAGGAAACUGUGAACUUGUUGCGGUCUGGGAUGGCUGUCGAUGACCUUCCGGCCAUCCGUGUGGUCGAGUGCAUGAACCACUUUUGGAGUCUGGACAAUCGACGCCUGAGCUGCAUGAAGGAGGCUUUCCCGGAGCGACGCCAUGCAGACAAAACGAUUCCAGUGAAGAUGGAAGCCUUAUCCGAUCCCAAGGUCCGCGAUGAGUUCACGCGGAAGUUUACGACAGGAACAGAAGUAGUAAAACGAAACGGUUCUUCAAAGUCAUCAAAAUGA